UCUGUCUCUCCUCCCCACUCUCUCCCUGUAUUAGAGAAGAGGCUCCUGGCUAAGCAGUACUCACUCUAUGGCUGUGCAUGAAUGGAGUUUGGCUGGAGGGUGGCAGUGCAUGCUGCACAGUUAUCUGUCCUUAUACUGGGGAGCACUGCUGGCUGGGGUGCAUCUACUCUACUCUGUGUGGGUACAUUGCAGCUAAUAUUUGGGACAUGAGCAAUGCAGAGUGAAUGCACAGAAGGCACGAAGUGGGAAUGGACCUGGCUGGAGAUAAUGUGCCCCCCAGAGCAGAGAUCCUUGAUGCAUUUAUCUGCUGAGGAUUGCCCUAUGGAUUUGCACUGCUGGGAACGGUGAUCUAUUGAUUUAUUGCUGUCUGAACACAGUGGUAGUUAUUACACUGCGUUCCAACACUGAUCUACUUUCUGAUCAUUUUAGGAGGGGGGUCUUCAAGUCCUCUUGUGGAAGGAGGGGCUGACAGAAUACCACCUCAUCUUCAAGGGAGCCCAGCUGGAGGACGGAAUCUAGCAGUGGACCCAUCCCCUGUCUGCAGAACCCUUUACCUGGGGUUCACAGACCCCAAAAGGGAGAUGUUCUCCUCUAAGGAGUGACGUGGUUUAGGAAGUAGCUGAGGAUUGCUGAACCUGAGCUGACAAUGGAGGGCUUGUGCCCCAUCACUGACUGCAACAUCUCAUGGGCCAAUUCCAGCCUGGAGAACAGUACUCAAAGGGGGAACAGUACCAGAGACCCCCUGAAAAGGAACGAGGAGGUGGCCAAGGUGGAGGUUACUGUGCUGGCCCUCAUUCUCUUCCUGGCCCUGGCUGGGAACAUCUGCGUCCUGAUCGGGAUUCACAUUAACAGGCACAAACACUCCCGAAUGUACUUCUUCAUGAAACACCUGAGCAUUGCUGACCUGGUGGUGGCUUUGUUCCAGGUCCUGCCACAGCUCAUCUGGGACAUCACCUUCAGGUUCUACGCUCCUGACAUCCUGUGCAGGUUGGUCACCUACCUGCAGGUGGUGGGGAUGUUUGCCUCCACCUACAUGCUCCUGCUGAUGUCCCUGGACAGGUGCUUGGCCAUCUGUCAGCCCCUGCGGUCCCUGCACAGGAGGUCAGACUGUGUCUAUGUCCUCCUGACCUGGAUCAUCAGCUGCCUCCUAAGCAUCCCUCAGAUACUCAUCUUCUCCCUCACAGAGGUGGGGAAUGGGGUCUAUGACUGCAGGGCUCAUUUCAUCAAGCCAUGGGGCUCAAAGGCUUAUAUCACCUGGAUAACCCUCUCAGUGUACAUCAUCCCUGUGAUGAUCCUCAGUGUCUGCUAUGGACUCAUCAGCUACAAGAUCUGGCAGAACAUCCGCCUGAAGACUCUGUGUGAGAGCAACCUCAGGCCGAGCUCCAACAAGAGAGCCACACUGUCCAGGGUCAGCAGUGUUAGGCUCAUCUCCAAGGCCAAGAUCCGGACGGUGAAGAUGACCUUUAUCAUAGUGCUGGCGUACAUCAUCUGCUGGACCCCUUUCUUCUUUGUCCAGAUGUGGUCAGUGUGGGACCCUGAUGCCCCAAAGGAAGCGUCGCUGUUCAUCAUCGCCAUGCUCCUGGGAAGUCUGAACAGCUGCUGCAACCCGUGGAUCUACAUGCUGUUCACCGGCCACCUCUUCCACGAUCUCCUGCAGCGCUUCCUCUGCUGCUCCGCCCGCUACCUGAAGUCCAGUCAACAGGGGAGUGACCUUAGCGCCAGCAGAAAGAGCAACUCCUCAACCUUUGUCCUCAGCCGGAAGAGUUCCAGCCAGAAAAGCAUCACUCAGCCGUCUAUGGCAUGAGGAGUCCCGGCAAGGAGGCCUAGUGUCCUAGCCAUGCAGGAUGAAGUAACACUGUGGGUCAAUAGAGAAGGCCUUGUGGCCUCUGAGCUAAGCAAUGGACUACCGGCCCUCUCUUGCAGCUGGAAACAGUAAAGGCGCUGUCUUCCUUCCUGGCACCGGGUCCGUCAGAAGGGAAAUAAUAUAAUGCACCUUACAGUGUAGCUGUCACCUAUGCACAGUGAAGGCAGCCAUUUUGUGUGUGGCUGACAGGUACAGUUCUAAUGACAGACAGAUUGCUACAGACUUACUGAAUAAGUGGACCUGUGGCCUGGAGAUGGACACUUCUUGAUUUUGAACAAUGAAGCAGAGUUUUGCAGGCUACAUCGGCACUUGUACACAUCUCCACUCCCAAAGAGUGGAGAUGUGUACAAGUGCCGAAGUUGGACGUAGCAACCAAUUAUGGAGUGUACUUGAUAAAUGCUAGCUAGAAGCUGAAGGGCAACUUCGCCAGUUGUAAAACAUCUCUGUAACAUCUCCCCCUAGUUUCGGCUAUGUGAGGACCUAAGUACGCUUUCGCUGUACCAUAAGUCACUGUAGAGAUUCACCUGUACUUAUUACACAAUAAUGCCUGUAAUACAUCACCCACAUAUCUCACCGCCGCCAGAAAGCUACACACAACUAUCACAAUGCUACCAAGUAUCUCCGUACGCAUUGUCUAUAUAGCACAGGUAAUGACAGCGGCUGUCGGCUUGGAAUGACACCGAGGUUUUAGUAUCUGGCACUAGGGUAGCCUGGCCUCCUUGUGAUGCAGGAAAUCCUGGGAUGGAGAAGGGAUAGGUGGGAUUCAAAUAAAUUAAUAACAGGUUCUAUGUCCUAAUGACCAUUUUAAGUGUAGCAGAAUGGGACUAGCAGAGGGCGGAAAAGUGGGACUAGCAGAGGGCAGAAAAGCAGGACUAGCAGAGUGGGACUAGCAGAGGGCGGAAAAGUGGGACUAGCAGAGGGUGGAAAAGCGGAACUAGCAGAGGGCAGAAAAGUGGGACUAGCAGAGUGCAGAAAAGUGGGACUAGCAGAGUGGGACUAGCAGAGGGCAGAAAAGUGGGACUAGCAGAGAGCAGAAAAGUGGGACUAGCAGAGGGGAAAAAGAGGGACUACAUACAUACCCCCAGCCAGUCGGCCUGCCCCAGGACAGGGCCUAUACUUAACUCCUGCAUGCUAGUGGUGGGGGGUGGUGUGCAGGUGACCACUCCGCUCCCGAAAAUGGCACCCCUGCUUAGCCUGAGCUGCCGCCCGCAGUCACACCCGCCCGCCAGCACAGAUCGCAACAGGGCCAAGCGUCUCUGUGUAGCACUGCAGAGUUCCUCUGCGCCUGGCCCAACCCUCUCUCAGUGUCUUGAUAUGCUUUCUGCGCAUGUCAGAAUGGGCGCGGAGGAACUCCUGUUGCGGUCGCCGGUCUGUGCUGGCGGGCGGGUGUGCGGGCGGUGCUCAUUAGCAAACGGUUCUCAGAACCAUACCUAACAUUAGGUAUCGGUUCUGCAGAACCGGUGCGAACCGGCUGAAUCCCACCACUGGAUAGACUAUUAUGGCUUCCCACCUUUCAUGUCAUAACUGAUGAAUCUCCCCAGCCCUAUACAGUUGUGUCAUUUCUCCAAUCAACAUUUAUUGGAAGGUGGCUGAGGUUGGGGUGUGACAUGCUGUUGCGUCAGGGUCAAUGCAUUUCGGCAUCAUGGCUUUGUGUCGGUGGAAGAUGAGGCUGGUUCACUGGUACAAGCAGGGUUGUAUUAUAAUAGAUAGACCUGUAGGCACACGACCCUUGACUUUCUAAGCCCCUCCCCCAUCCAUCAGCCACACCUUCUACGCAGCACUUUUUGUAGUUGUGCUAAGUGUUUCGGAAGAACAGGAAAUAACUGUUGCGAUAUGCUGCUGCACAAUUCAUCCUCACCUCAGUUAAACUUGCAUCACUUGCUUUUCUUCCCUCAUUCCCUUAGUUCUUUUUUUACUGCGGCGAUGAAAGAAAAUAAGAUUGCCUGCCUGCUGAGUAACGAAUAAGCCUCCUUUCAUCCUCUGCCGCCUCUAGGUACCACCCUGCUGUGCCUAAUGCACAAUGCUGCCCCGGGUAAGUGGAGCAACAGAGAAGGAAAGAUUAAGGUUUUCCAUAGGAGGAACAAAUUCUAUUUGGCGGAGACGGACGAAUCGCGAGACAUUACUGCAUCCAUGACUUUCACCAGGCAGUUUGUAAGGAGAGUAGUGGGGCUUCCGUAAGAUCUGAUUCAUAGAUGUGCGGUAUUGCGCAGCCGCAGAGCGGCGCCUGUGCAGUACCGUACAAUAAAUAGCCGUCUCCUGCGUGCAUCGCAGAUAUGAAUGCAUAAGAAUCAGCAUAAGUGCAAAAUCAAGGAUUCACUGCAUAUAAAUAAGUGUUUCGUUCAAAAACCAUAGUGAAAUUUUACAGGAAAUAAAGUAAUGGAUGAACUGAAAUAACGGUCGUUACAUAAAACGUUAUUAUAAGUAGGCGAUCAGAGAGUCAUUUCCAGCGCAGUUGUAAUUUCACAGCAUGAUAAAUAGAUUGGAUGUGCGUUUGCAAUCCGUUUGUUCCUUUUGUAGAGACCUAGCAGAAGAGUGUAGCAGCUGAGCCAAUCAGUCAGGAAGCUCCUCGGUGGUCAUGUGAUGGCAGAAUAGGGUACAGAUGGGUCCAAGGUUAUCUUGACUAGUUUUCUGCGCCUAGGCACAACAUGAUUUAUUAGCAUAAACCCUUCAUCUAUUGUUUUCAGCUGCAAUACAAUACAGAGAACACUACAGCAGGGGAUUAAGUCAUUACAGCAGGGGAUUAAGGGGGUCAUUCCGAGUUAAUCGCUAGCUGCUUUCGUUCGCUGUGCAUCGAUGAGGCAAAAAAAUCGUCACUUCUGUGCAUGCGGAUGCGGCGCAAUGUGCACACGCGUUGUACUAUUGCAAUGAACUAUGUAGUUUCACACAAGUUCUAGCGAAGCUUUUCAGUCGCACUGCUGGCCGCAGAGUGAUUGACAUGAAGAGGGCGUUUCUGGGUGUCAGCUUGACCGUUUUCAGGGAGUGUUCUGAAAAACGCAGGUGUGGCUGGCUGAACGCAGGGCGUGUUCGUGACGUCAAAACAGGAACUGAACAGUCUGAAGUCGUCGCAAGCACUGAGUAGGUAUUGAGCUACUCUAAAACUGCACAAAAAAAGUUUGCCGCCGCUCUGCGAUCCUUUUGUUCGCACUUCUGCUAAGCUAAAAUACACUCCCAGUGGGAGGCGGCAUAGCGUUUGCACGGCUGCUAAAAACUGCUAGCGAGCGAACAACUCGGAAUGACCACUUAAGUCCAACUGGCAAGUCUCAGUUAAUCCUAUUAAAGGUCAAGAUAAACGUGGACCCAUCUGUAGGCCGUGUUUCAUGCUGUGAAUAUUCCAAGGCCCGUAUGCUUAUUAUAUCAUUUGUCAUGUGACUGGUAAUUACAUGACAUGAUAAAUAAUUAUUACUAAUAGCUUCAGUCAAACCUCUAAGGAAAGAGUAACAGCUGUAUGUGUCUUCUCACAGACAAUGAUUUAUGGGGAAAGAAAAUCACACAUCUUUCCAUGGAAUUGCACCUUCAUUUUCGUGGGUAUGAUAGAUCACUGUGGGACGCAAAUUACUACUAAAUAGGCAAAUGGUGUAAAGAACCCUGUUUGUUUAUAAUCUGUGCACAUAUAUUAAUAAGAAUACACGUUCAGGUUACCAUGCACACAUAGCAAUAUAAAAGGGCUAAAGAAUGCUAAAUGAAUGAAGGAUAUAAUUGUUAGUGAUGUAGAUGGGCGAUGUCUCAUUUAUCACUUUGUCACACAAUAGGACUGGCGGACUGUGCUUAGCGUGGAUGUUACACACGCGUUUCACUCCUUGGUCUCAGCCAUUAAUCAGUCUGAUGCAUGAAGAUGUGUAAUACAGUACAACACAGCAGGGACAGUAGGGGUCCAGGAAUGCUGCUGUCAUUUGUGUGUCUCUGGAUAGCGCGUCAGCACAAAGUACACACACAUUCAGGAAGAGACUAGGCGGGGAGGUGUUAGUAGAAAAAGUUAAACAAUAUGGCGGCCAUGCCUCAAAGGAGGGCAUGCCUGUGUGUAUAGAACAGGUAGCGUUAGGAAUAAAAAAUGAUGUGCAGCUGCACGUACAAGUGGGUGUGGGGUCACUGAAACCAGUAGGUUCUAUCCUCAUACACCCCCUCCCCCCAAUACUCAUUUACAGGGUUACGCUGGCGUUAUUAAAUAGCAUGCUUGUAAGGCAUGAUAUGUAAUGUAAGUGGUUGGGGGGCCUCCGCUUUGCUCUUUUCAAGUGUGAUGCCUCUUCCCUCUUCUCUGCCCUAUAUCUGUGGGUUUGUUUCCUCAGAAGACUGAGCCUUGUACCCGCCACGCCGCAGUCACGGAGAGCCUCCAUUUAGGUAUUGCCACCUGGUCCUUCAAUCAAUGGGGCACAUUGGUAAAUACCAAAGGAUAUGAGAGGAAGUAUCAGGGUCUCACAAAUAUGUCUGUCCCACUUCAAACACCACUCAGCGCAUGGAAAAAUGAUCAUUCUGCGCAAGGAAAGGGCCAGAGACUAAGAUAACGACAUCAUGGCAAUACUAUUCACUCACACACACACCUGAGGCCUCCACAUAGGGCGCUGAGCCGAUAGACCCAAGAAUGUGGACUAUUAAUCCAGCUGAUAACUCAAUAGUAACCAAUAUUUUGUGAGUAAAGAGUUUACAUUAAGAAGCAGUUACAUCAGUGAGGCGUGAGGCACCUUGUGUCUCAUGCCUCAGCGAUGUCACUGGACCCCAGUAAAAAGAUAGGCCGCUGUUGCUUAAUCCCACAUGGGCCGAAACAUCCGAAUGUUAGCUUUGCUGUGUUUAUGGUUGUGUUUUGUUUAUGUUUUUGACUGGUCAUUAUCUGGUUUGCAAUAAUGAUGCGCAGAGGAAGACAGGGUAAUGUCACCGCAGAUACACAAUGUCACCUCAUUACUGUGUCACCUCAUCACUGUGUCUUUCUGACCUUCCUACACGGCUUCCACUAAAAAAAGACGCUCACACAAAUGUUGAUUGUUGCACAGAAUAUCAUUCCCUGUAUAUGUACGUAUGAAUGUAUUGUAUAUAGAUAUAUAUUAAUAUAUAUAUAAAAGUAUGUCUAUUAAUCUAUUUAAUUCGAUGAGCUCAGAAAUUCUGUAUCUAUAUAUUCAGCAUUGAGUUAUGGGAACCACACGUUCAGAUUUCAGACAUAAUAUCUGUGCAUUAUUAAUCCUCCAGGGCAAGGCAAUCUGUCUCACCAACGUUUAAGUCUCUCCGCCCCCUACACUCACUGGAGGCUGCCAUUUUGUUUCAGUUCACAAUGGUAUAGUGACAUCACGGAGGCAUCAGGCACAGGAUGCGUGAUGUCUCCCUGGUCACUCUACCUUAUAGUGAAUUGAUGUCCUGAUGUCUCCUGGGAAUUCUUUCAGUUCACAGAGUAGGUACCCCCGAUGUAGUUAUUUCAUACUUUCCUACUCUACCAGAAUGUCAGGGAGACUCCAGAAUGUUUGGGAGAUCUCCCUGACUCCUGAGAGAGAAAGUCAGCCUCCUGGAUCCUGUCCGCUACUUUAGUAGAGUGGGUGGGACACUGACAAUGUGAUUUGCUAAGAAUGGCAGAAUCAUGGCCACUCCCCCAGAUGUGUAAUGAUGUAUACUGUACAGCGGGAGGCAUGGUCACAAUGACGCAAAUCACAUGGUUAUGCGGCCUGCACUUACUCCGUGGACCUUCUGAGGUCCAAAAAGUGGGCACGUGGGAGUUAACUACUGCACUCAAGCUGAUACACAGCUCCCACCACCUUGCGGUCAGUGACUGGGAGCGGAAGGCUAGCAGGAGGUAGAGCACCGGGGAUCCACACCCUUUUGGUCAGGAUCUAUUGGACGGUCUCUCAUACUCAUCACACACUGUAAAUAAUAUUUUUUUAUAGGAGUCAUUUUUCUGCCGCGUCAUCAUUUUACAGAUCACUGAUUUCAUCUGAGAGUUCAGGUUUUUUUUCUGUACAUAAAAAGUUGAUAUUCCAGAUACAUCUAUCUUUAAUAAAUCUCGUUC